CGUGGCGGCCGUCGGCGGCCAUCUUGGAGGCGGGGCGCGCGAGUCCAGCUCCUGGCUGCCUCCGUCUGGUCCUGUCCGAGCUGUGGCUCUAGCCCGAGUCCCCUGUCUUCCACUUUGCUGCCACGCACGCGCUUGCUCUGGACCCCAGUAUCCCAUAACUGAAGAAAAAUGAUGGAAGAGAGUGGAAUAGAGACCACACCCCCUGGGACUCCUCCUCUGAAUCCCACAGGAAUGGCCCCCACUGCCAUGGCUUCAACCCCAGGUACAGCCAGUUCUUUCUCUUCUCCAAAUGUGUCCACUGUGGAGCCCUUGCCACCACAUGUGUAUUCUACUCCUCAGCCUUCCCAUCCUCCUGUGCAGCCAUCAGCACCGCUGCCUUUUGUGCCUCUCUCAGCGACUCCUCCUGUCCCACCACUUUGUGCUUCUGCAGCUCCUCCACUUCCUUCAACAACUGUUGCGACCUUCAGUGACCCGCCUUCAUCCCACUUCCCGCCUGCACCCUCUGCCCCAAGUGCUCUUUUGUCUGCACCUCCUCCCGGUCCUCCUAUAUCAGGCUUCUCUGUUGGGACAUCCUAUGACAUUACACGAGGACAUGCAGGAAGAGCACCCCAGACGCCACUGAUGCUGUCAUUUUCUGCACCUCCAGUGACAGGUGUUUUGCCAACUCCCCUUACUCAGCAAGCCAGCCUGACAUCUGUGGCACCGGGCACUGGCACCACAUCGGCCAUUACUUUCCCAGAGGAGCAGGAGGACCCUAGGAUCAGUAGAGUUCACGAUGAAGCAUCUGCUGGUGGAAUAUGGGGUUUUAUUAAGGGUGUGGCUGGAAAUCCUAUGGUGAAAUCUGUGCUUGAUAAGACAAAACAUUCAGUAGAAAGCAUGAUUACAACACUGGACCCUGGCAUGGCUCCUUAUAUCAAAUCUGGAGGUGAACUGGAUAUUGUAGUGACCUCAAAUAAAGAAGUAAAAGUGGCUGCUGUCCGAGAUGCCUUUCAGGAGGUCUUUGGCCUGGCUGUGGUUGUAGGGGAAGCUGGACAGUCCAAUAUUGCGCCACAACCCGUGGGCUAUGCGGCAGGAUUGAAAGGUGCCCAGGAACGCAUAGAUAGCUUGCGUCGAACUGGAGUAAUCCAUGAAAAGCAGACUGCUGUGUCGGUAGAAAACUUCAUUGCAGAGUUGCUGCCUGACAAGUGGUUUGACAUUGGGUGUUUGGUAGUAGAAGAUCCUGUCCAUGGCAUUCAUCUAGAAACGUUUACCCAAGCCACACCGGUUCCUUUGGAAUUUGUACAGCAGGCUCAAAGUCUAACUCCGCAGGACUACAAUCUGCGGUGGUCAGGCCUUUUGGUAACAGUGGGCGAAGUCUUGGAAAAGAGUUUACUAAAUGUCAGCCGGACCGACUGGCAUGCAGCUUUUACUGGCAUGUCACGUCAACAGAUGAUCUACAGUGCAGCCAAAGCCAUCGCGGGCAUGUACAAGCAGCGCCUGCCACCCCGGACCAUAUGAGGGGAGACUCUUCCCUUUCCACUGGCUGUUCAAGAAGAGAUCGUACCUUUUAUGGUUGAAUUAACUUCAAUGAAUCUAGUGAUUUUUAUAAUUUUCCUGUAGACUACAAUUUUUUUUUCCUAGAAAGGCAUGGUAUCAUUCCAAUAGAAGAAAAACAUAGACCUUUUUGUAAUUAUAUAAUUUCACCUACCCUAGUUCUCAAAAGAAAAUAUACAAAUAUAUUUAUAAUAAAGCACAACUUAAUAUACCAAAUUUAUAAAAUGGAAAUUCAUGUGCAAAGACAUUUAAUUUAGUCAUUUGUACCUGAUUUUGUUUUUAAAGAAGACAUGUUUAUUAAGUUUUUUAAAAAGUGUUCUUUUUUGCUUUAUGUAUGUGUGCAUGAUCUCAGGUCUGAUGGUGAGCAGUGUGCUCAACAGUUUACCUUAAGACACCUACUUGAAGGGAGAUGUUGCUCAUUUCUAUGCAUGUUUUAUACAAUAUGGGCCACAAAUGGACAGAAUUGAUAUUUCUUUUUGGUCAUCAUAUACACACAUAGUUUGGAAAAUUACGUGUGUUUCCUUUUUAAAAAUAAUUUCUGGCAUUUUACAGAUUUAUACUGUGAACAUUGGGAUAAUCCAUUGUAUUUUUUCAUUGGUAUAUGACAACUAAAAGACAAAUGAUACAAGUAUAUUUUGGAUCAGACCUACUUGUGUUGUUUUUGUAUAAUACUACUCAGCACUUCCAAGUGUAAACUCUUGACAACAGCACUGUUUCUGCUUCUGCUUAUGUUCUCCACACUAUAAAAAGAGAAAUUUUUGAGAGGGAAUUAAUUUGCUUCUUACUGGAUGGUAUGUCUCUUACUUUAAUUAUUAAGGUUACUUCUUACUUGGUUGCCUUAAGCACUACUUUUUAAAAUUUGUGCCAUUCUGCAUUUAUUUUUUGUAGACAUUUGCAAAACUAUUUUAUAUUCAAUCUAGUUAUUUUAGUCCAUUAUGUUUGUAUUUAGUGGAAGCAUUUUCUUCUCUCAGAUAAUGUAUUUUACCAUUUUUGGAUUUAUGUAAAUCAAAAGUGAGUAAAUUUUUUUCUUAUACAGUGAAAUUCUAUGCAAGUACAUGUAACUUUUUAAAGAUAGUUUCAUAUAUAAAUGUAAUUUAAUUUGUAUUUACUCUUCUAUACAGUUAUUUAGAUGUAAAAAGUAGCACAAUCUCUGGCAUUUUUAUAAAAGGUGUCAAAGCCCCUAUCCUGUACUGUCUUUACCUGUAAGGUUUGUUUUGUAUUAAUGUUAUUUCUAAUGAUUCAUUUCUCACAUUUGCUACCUGAGAAUGAGAAGAAUUAUUAGUUUUGAAACUAUGUUAAUUUCCAAGCACUGUAUAAUGAUUGGUAAAAUUCAGACUUCAUUGUCAUUCAGAGUAGUGAAGGAAAUGAGACAUAAUCAGUUGCUAUUGUGAACUUUUGCCCAGGGGUAAUAGGGACAGAAUACCUUUUCUUUGUCCUUUGUAGGAAAGAGAAGCCUUUCUCUACCAUUUGCAUCAUUCCUGGAGCUAUCCAUUUCUUAAUGGUAUUUUUUCGGGAGAUUGGCCCUGUGAUAGGAGCACAGUCUUUUAAUACAGUCUGAAGCCCAUAGUUAAAAUAUUUCUGCUACUUUCUCUCCUAUUAUAUAGGGAGAUAUCAUAGGUACUAAAAAUAUCUGAUUUUUUUUCUUUUUAUUUUACCAAGUCUAAAAUACCUUCGUUGAUGCUUUUGAGGGUUGCUCUAGUAGAAUCAUAAACACCAGUUGGUGUUUCACUGGGUAAUGAUUUUCCUGCAGUCCCCAAAUAGCGAUGGCAGAGUUACUCCGUGGCUCAGUUGAAGCUAGAUAAAAUUCCUGCACCUCAGAGGUAAACCUCUUUGGAGCAGUGUGAGUGGGUGAGGAGGAGUGGAGAAAGGCAAAUAGAGAGAAAUACAUGAUCUGGUCUGGCCUCUGAUUCUUUUCUUGGCCCAUGUUCUCUUUGAAAGGCAUCAGAGUGUAUCUGAUUCCACAUGCUCAGCUUUGACAUCUUCUGUUUUGUCUUCCUGGGAUUUUCCUGUUAAGCUGGAGCAAGAGUAACUCACUAUCUGUGGCACAUUAUGGCAGCUGAGCCAGGCAGUCUUACUAGAGAUAUUUAGACAUUAGAGUGCGGUCAUCAGUGUGAGGCCCUUUCCAGCCCUCCAGCUCCUGUCCUUUUCUCUUCCUCCCCAUUUCCUUAUAAUUCCCACAUUAGCAUUUUAGGGGAAUGGGUGGGUGUUUAUUUGCAUUUUUUUGUUUCUUAAACUUUAGGAACACCCAUCUUUAACACAAUUGAUAGUAAUUGUUGUGGUUAUUUUUGUGAUUUUUUUCUGAAGAGCUCCAGAUUACUGAAAUUUAUGUUUUAUAUAUUUAACCCAAAUCACUUAAUUUUGUAAGCUUAGACACUUUUUAAUUAGUGUAGGAAAAACAGGAAAAAUCAGACUCAGAUUAUUCCUCAGUUUAUUCAGUUCCAGGCUUUUAAAAAAUUAUUACUGUUGUUUUCUUUUCUCUUUUUUUUUCCUGCAGGGUUGGAGCUCAAACCCAGGGCUUCAUGCAUACUAGGCAAGUGCUCUACCACUGAGCCACACUCUUAGCCCCCUGUUAAGUUUUUGAGGCAAUGCUGAAUUUAAGCUGUGCCUCAGAGACUGAAGUUUUAAAAGCUUUAGGUGAUACUGAUAGCUUCCUCUUUGAUUCUCUUGUCAUUUUUGCCUCCACAUUGUUUAUUCCUCAGUCUCUUUCAGAAUUAAUGAAGAAGAAAAUUGAGCUGAUAUAGGCAAAAAGCAGUAUGAUAAUAUAAGUAUAUAAAAGUACACAUGCAUUUGUAUUCAGAAAUAUGCAAAUUCACAGUUUUUAACUCAGGGUCACCUAAAUUGACAUGCUGUUGAAUUUACUGUGUUCUGUGGCUAGAUAAAAUUCUAAACAUGACUUUGUGAUUUGUGAAACCAAAUUGAUAGUAUUCUUUGUUUUAAAAAUUGUCAGGUUAAACACAAAUUAUUAAAAAAUACGGAGUUUUACUCCAGGAUAAGGUGUUCAUUUUGUGAUAUUAUGCAGAAUAAUGUAUGAGUAAAAUCAACUUUGUAAGUAUGUAAAUAUGUCAUAAAUAAUGCUUUAAUUUAUUUCCCAAAGGCAUAUAGUGAUUUUUAAAUGCCCAUUUAUAUUUGUAUUAUAUUAGAAAAACUCAUUUUUUGUCUAAAUUGGUUGCUGGCUGCCAAGAAUUCUUGUAGAAAAGCAGCUUCAAAUACCUUCAUUCUAAUGGAACUGUAGUGUUCAGGUACAGCAGGAUUGUUAAUGUCAAGGUCAGAGAACUCCAUGUUUAGGAGAAAGGAUACACUGGAGAUAAAGGAAAUUGAGCUGGAAGUUACAACCUGUGUUCAUGAGGGAGCCUGUUUAGUACUGGAUUUAAUUUACCUUUGACCACUGAAAAUGUCUUUUAAUUAGCCAAAAGCUGUAGUGUACAUUAGGGUUCAUUUUGGUGCUGUACAUAGGCUUGGAUGGAUGUACAAUGACAUGUUUCCAUUAUUAUAAUGUUGCAAAGUAUUUUCAUUCCCCUAAAAAUUCUCCAUGUUCUACCUGUUCAAACCCAGCUCCCACCCCAGACCUCUCAUGCCCACUAAUCAUUUCACUGUCUCCUAGUUUGUCCUUUUCCAGAAUGUCUUAUAGUUGGCAUCUUACACUGUGGUAGCCAUUUCAUAUUGGUACACACUAAAAAGGUUUUCCUGUCUAGUUUUAUGGCUUGGUAUUUCUUAGUGCUGAAUAACAGUCUGUUGUCUAGACGUACCACAGAUCACUUCUCUCUCCACCUGCUGACCACUACCUUGGUUGUGUCCAGGGUUUGGCAGUUAGGAGUAAUGCUGCUAUAAAUGUUUAUGUCCAGUUUUUUUGUGGGCCAGGUUUUUAGCUCCUUUGCAUGAAUACUUGGAGUGCAAUUGCUUUUAUGGUGAGAGGGUUAAUUCUGUUUAAAAUGGCAAAAUGUUCUUAAAAAUAAAAAACUUAUUUCUUGCUAUA